AUGGAUUCUUUAAAGAUUAACAUUAAAAUCCCCCUUCUUGAGAAAGCAGCCUCAAAUGUGAAAGACAUAAUAUCUCAUUUAAAAUUGAACGAUGGAAUAUAUUUUGAUAAGAAUAAAUAUGAUGAGAACGAAAUAAUUAUGAAUUUAGAAUGUACUAAUAUAUAUAAAAAGAUCGAAACAAUGAAACAUAUCCUGAUUGCUCAUAUUUUAAAAAUUGAUGUAUCCAAUUUAUUUUUUGAUGUAUUAAAAAAUAUAUCUAUUAAUAAUUUAACACUUAAAAAAUUAAUAUAUAAUUAUUUAAUAUUAUAUGCAGAAGGAAAUGAAGAUUUAACCAUUUUAACUAUAAAUUCUUUUAAAAAUGAUUUAAAUAAUAAUAACUAUCAAAUAAGAGCAUCAGCAUUAAAAGCUAUGGCAUCUAUAAAAUCUUUAGAUAUGAUCAAUAUAAUUAUUAAUUCUUUAAAAAAACUAUCUAAAGAUAAAUCACCUUAUGUUAGAAAAACAUGUGCAGAUGUUAUACCUUCUAUAUAUAAUAUUGAUAAAGAUCAAUUUUUGUUUUUAAGAAAUAUACUUUUAGAUUUAUUAAAUGAUCAAGAUGUUAUAGUGCUCUCAUCAGCAGUCAUGUCGUUUAAUUGUUUGUGUAUAUAUAAUCACACAGAACACAACAAUAAAAUAAAAAUUAAUAAUAAAAAUAAAAAUAAUGGUGAUGGUCAUGGUGAUGGUCAUGGUGAUGAUAAUUAUUGCUAUCAUUUCAAUGUUCAAGAUUCUAAUAAUUUUAAACCAAACAUUUAUAAAUGUCUACCGUCAAAUGAUUUGAAUUAUCUAGAUAAAAACAAUUCAGUCUCUUAUGAUUUAUCUUAUCUCUCAUCAUAUGAACAUUUUUGUCAUGUUAAUUCGAUGGAAAGACAAAGAGACAAAUUUAUUGAACAAAAUGAUAACAUGUUAGAAAAAAGAGAAUCAAAAACGCAAACGGAUGAAUAUAUUUUAAUGUAUACUGAUCAGAAUAAUAAUGAAAAUGAAAUUGAAAUUGAAAAAAAUAAUAAUAAUAUUAGAGAUAAAAAUGUCCAUAUUAAUGAUAACAAUAUAUUUAUUAAUGACAACCAUGUUGAUUCAAUAAAAAAUGUGGAGACGCCUAAUAUAUAUGUAAACCUUAAACCUUCAGAACAUUCAGAAGAUCCUUCAAGCUAUAAAGAAAAAAAUGAAAUAUAUAAUUCAUUAGCAUGCCUACAUCCAUAUUAUUACAAGUUAUGUUCUUAUUUAUUAUUGUUUCAUCCAUUCCAUCAAAUAUAUCUUAUGGAUCUUUUAUUACGCUACUGUAAAAUGUUUUAUAAAGACCCACUUAAUAAUAAAAAAAUUAAUUUAAAAAAUAAAAUAAAAAAAGAAAAUAAUUAUAUAUACUCUAAUGGUAGCUUUAUAAAUAAAUCAAGUUGUUAUCUUCAUAAUAUUGAUGAAGACGAUUUUUCUUCAUAUGAUAUAGAUAUAGAAAUAUUUAUAGAUAAAUUAAUAAUAUUAUUAUCAUCUAAUAGUUAUAGUGUUAUUUUAAUGUGUAUUUCUUCUUUAUAUCAUUUAACAAAUUUUAUGUAUAAAGAAUAUAUAAUAGAUUCUAUAAUUAAUACUUUAUUUAGAUGUACUAUAGAAAAAAAUGAAGAUAUGUAUGAAAUAUUUUUAAAAAGUGUAAAAAAUAUUAUUAUAUAUUUAAAAGAUUAUUUUAUAAAAUACUUAUCUUUUUUUUAUAUCAAACCUGAAGAUAAUAAUAUUAUAAAAUCGAUAAAAAUAGAUCUAUUAUAUGUAUUACAAAAUGAUUAUAAUAAAAUUAUUAUAUUAGAUGAAUUUUUAUAUCUUUUAUAUAUUCCUGGUAUAUCUGAAGAUAUUAUUAAAAAACUAUUUUCAUAUAUAACAUCUAUAGCUCUAACAAAUUCUAUAUGCUUAUCAAACGUUAUGCAACAUAUUAUAGUUAUGUUGAAUUCAAAUAUUAAAUUAUAUUCUUAUCAAUCUAUAUUAUCCUUAAGAAAGUUAUUACGACAAAGUCAUCACAAUCAAAUUGUUCAGAUUCUUUUUUUUUUGUGUAAAAUAUUUUUAUCUAUUCAAUUAGAAGAAGUCAAAAUAUCAAUCCUUUGCACUCUUACGAAUUAUCAAAAAUAUAUUGAUCCUUUAUUAUUAUAUGAUAUAUCUCGCAUAUUACUAAAAUUUUUUCAUACUUCAACAAAAAUUAUGAAAAUACAUAUAAUUCAUUUUGUCUUCAAAGUCUGGAUAUAUCAGUAUGCUUCUCUCAUAAUACAAUCAAAUGAAAAUCUUGACAAUCAAACAAAUAAUAUCACACAUAGUGAUAUUUCUACUACUAAUGAUAUUCCUUUAAAUAAAAAAAUACAUAUCAACCAAGCUGAAGCUCAAAUGGAAACAUCCACAGAAAAUUUAGAAGGAAAACAUUUCGAAUGUGACAAAAAUGACGAUGUCAAAAAAUAUGCAUGUCAAAAUGAUGAUGUCAAAAAAUAUGCAUGUCAAAAUGAUGAUGUCAAAAAAUAUGAAUGUCAAAAUGAUGAUGUCAAAAAAUAUGCAUGUCAAAAUGAUGAUGUCAAAAAAUAUGCAUAUCAAAAUGAUGAUGUCACAAAGGAUCAAAUAAAUAAUGGUCAGGAAAAUAAUAAAAUAGAUCCUACAAAUUUGACGACCACCCCUACCAACAACAACAACAACAACAACAAUAAUAAUAAUAAUAAUAUUAAUAAUUAUAUUUAUGAUCAUACAUUAAACAACUCAUUUUGUAGAAACGAAAAAUUUAAUAAACACCACAUUUCUUUAUUAAAAAAACAUUUUGAAAAUUAUGAAAAAUUAUGUAAACAAACCUUUAUGCUAGCACUGGAAGAUCAACAUUUUAAUGUUCAAGAUACUAGUAAGACUUAUAUUAAUAUCUUCUUAAGAUUAAAAGAAUUAAGUGUUGAAAAAAAUAUUUCUUUAAAUAUAUUACAACGAAAUUUUUUUAAUGAGCAUCUAGAUAUUUAUUCUCUUCCUUUAUAUUACUUAAAAUGUUUUUAUAGAAAUAAUGACAAUAUUAUUUGUUCAAAAUCUUUACAAGAAAAUGAAAAGAAUUGCAGUUCAAACGUGCAUAGUUAUGAAACAAAAUCAAGUGAUCAUAAUAUAAAAGUGGGUGAUAAUAUCAUAAAAACAAAUUCUGAUAAAAUAAAUGAAAAAUAUGACGACUUAAAAAAUUCAUCAUGUGAAGAAAAUAAUUCAAAUCAUUUUGACUAUAUAAAAAAUUCAUUUUUAUUUCAACUAAAUACUGUAUCUAAUAUAUUAAAUAAAAAAAUUUCAUCAUAUGUAGAAUUACCUGACUUUGCAUGUGAUGACCUACCAAAAAUUGAACACAUUAAUAAAAAUGAAAAAAAAGAAAAUAUUACUAGCAUUUCUUCAAAAGAUAUACAAAGAAAUAACACGUAUAAUAAAUUCAUCAAUGAACGUAUUUUUACAAAUAUGGAUGAUUUUUAUAAAGAACAAAAUUUUCAUACAAGUCACCAAACAAAUAAAAAUUAUUCAGAAAAAUCUAUGCUAUUUAAUAAAGGCACAAAAAUUCAAGGUGAAGAUGAAGAAUCUGAAGAUGAAAAUGAAAAUGAAGAAACAAAUGAAAAAAUAAAUGAAAAAAUAAAUGAAAACACAAAUGAAGAUGAAAAUAAAAAUAAACAUCAAACAUUUUGUAAUAAUUCAAAUAAUCAAUCCACAAAUAUUAAUAAUACUUCUCAUUUCAAACAUGAAAAAGUAAUUGAUGAACAAAUGGAUGAUAUAGAAAAAUUCUUUUUUAGUGACGAAAAUUAA